AUGCCUCGAUGGCCAAGCAUGGCCACGAACAUGAAGUUUUAUAAAGCAUUAGAGAUCGAAAAAACUGCCACGGAGGACGAAAUCAGAAAGGCAUAUAGAAAACUUGUCCUUAAGUUUCAUCCCGACAAAAACCCGAAGGGCAUUGAUAGGUAUAAAGAAAUUCAGGCCGCUUACCAGGUCCUUUCGAAUCCAGCACAAAGAAAGCUUUACGAUACUUAUGGCGAGCGAGGACCUAUGCCAAGAGCUCAACAGAAGCAACAAAACUCUCAAUUUGGACAACAAAAUCUUAAUAAGAAAGAAAGAUCAAAAGAUGUUGUUCAUCACCUCAAAGUUUCCUUGGACGAGAUGUUCGAUGGGGUCGAGAAGAAACUUUCCCUGAACAGGAGACGAGUCUGUGAAAAGUGCCUGGGUGCGGGAGGAUUCGGACAGCAAGUAAUGUGUCGCGUUUGUUCUGGAAUUGGCGUGACUUACAGACAACUCCAAACUAGUCAUGGCAUGGUCAUGCCUGUCCCAUGCGGAAUGUGCAAUGCUACUGGGAAGCAGUAUGUUCAAUCUUGCACUGAAUGCCAUGGACGCCGAUACUGGCAAGAGAAAAAGAUCAUGACUGUCGCCGUUGAUAAAGGCAUGAACGAAGGGAAAAUGAUCACGCUUCGUGGAGAAGCGGACCAAGAGUACAACAAAGAUACCGGAGAUAUAAUCAUCGAUAUCAUCGCAAAGGAUCACGCGACAUUCGAGCGACAUGGGAACGACAUGUUCACGAAACAGCGAAUCGGAAUACGGAACGCUUGUCUAGGCUUUACGAAGAACAUCAAACUUCCCGGAAAAAAGAACAACUGGAUCAAAAUUACAAGUGGAACUCAGUCUCUGAACGAUUGCCAGCUAUAUAUGAUUGAGAAAGAAGGCUUCCCUGUCUACAGGGAUCCUUUUAGACGAGGAAACCUCAUCAUUCAAAUCUUGAUCGAUCCGAUUACUCUUAAAGGACUUUCGCCGAGUCAAGAAAAAAACGUAGACCGUAUCAAAAAACUAUUCAAUGUUCUUGAUUUCGAAGAAAAACAUCCGGAUGCUACAGAGGUAACUGCCGUCAGAUUCGAUCACAGGCGGCAUACCCGCCCGUGGCCAACCGUUUGGAAUCAAGAUGAUGAUGGUCCACAUUCAGGCAUCCGAUGUCAGAAUCAAUAG